AAUAACUGAGGAGCUGUUCAGCAGCAGCGGCUGCCUGCUGCCUGCCUUUGCCGCCACCGCCACCUCCUAUCAGCCGAAGAGGCGGCCCCGCGCUGUAAGUGCGAACCGCCAGCCGCCAGCCCCGGCAGCCGGUGCGUCGCCUCCAGCCCCUCGGGUGACCCCGACAUCCAUGCCCAGGAGAAGGCUGCUUCAGGUCCUUCUGGACCUUUCCUAAGAGGGAGAUUCCUGUUCACUAGAUGAGUUCCAGAACCAUCCAUUAAGGCUUUUGUAGCACUCUUCCAUCAGCUGACCUCCACUGCAACCCUUAUCUCUCAAGAUGAGUGGCUUCCUGGCCUCACUGGACCCCCGGCGGGUGCAGUGGGGAGCUGCCUGGUACGCCAUGCACUCCAGGAUCCUGCGCACCAAACCGGUGGAGUCCAUGCUAGAGGGAACUGGGGCCACCACAGCACACGGCACCAAGCUAGCCCAGGUACUCACCACCGUGGACCUCAUCUCUCUUGGCGUUGGCAGCUGCGUGGGCACUGGCAUGUACGUGGUAUCUGGCCUGGUGGCCAAGGAAAUGGCAGGACCUGGUGUCAUUGUAUCCUUCAUCAUUGCAGCCGUCGCAUCCAUAUUGUCAGGCGUCUGCUAUGCAGAGUUUGGAGUUCGAGUCCCCAAGACCACAGGAUCUGCCUACACCUACAGCUAUGUCACUGUCGGGGAAUUUGUGGCCUUUUUCAUCGGCUGGAACCUGAUCCUGGAGUACCUGAUUGGCACUGCAGCCGGCGCCAGCGCUCUGAGCAGCAUGUUUGACUCCCUGGCCAACCACACCAUCAGCCGCUGGAUGGUGGACAGCGUGGGAACCCUCAAUGGCCUGGGGAAAGGUGAAGAAUCGUACCCAGACCUUCUGGCCUUGUUGAUUGCUGUCAUUGUGACCAUCAUUGUUGCUCUGGGCGUGAAGAAUUCUGUGGGCUUCAACAACGUCCUCAACGUGCUGAACCUGGCAGUGUGGGUGUUCAUCAUGAUUGCAGGCCUCUUCUUCAUCAAUGGGAAAUACUGGGCUGAAGGCCAGUUCUUGCCCCAUGGCUGGUCAGGGGUGCUGCAAGGAGCAGCCACAUGUUUCUAUGCUUUCAUUGGCUUUGACAUCAUCGCCACCACUGGAGAGGAAGCCAAGAAUCCCAACACGUCCAUCCCUUAUGCUAUCACUGCCUCCCUGGUCAUCUGUCUGACAGCGUAUGUGUCUGUGAGCGUGAUCUUAACUCUGAUGGUGCCAUACUAUGCCAUUGACACGGAAUCCCCGCUCAUGGAGAUGUUUGUGGCUCAUGGAUUCUAUGCUGCGAAAUUCAUAGUGGCCAUUGGGUCGGUUGCAGGACUGACAGUCAGCUUGCUGGGCUCCCUCUUCCCAAUGCCGAGGGUCAUUUACGCCAUGGCUGGUGAUGGGCUCCUUUUCAGGUUCCUGGCUCAUGUAAGCUCCUACACAGAGACGCCAGUGGUGGCCUGCAUCGUGUCGGGGUUCCUGGCAGCCCUCCUCUCACUAUUGGUCAGCCUGAGAGACCUGAUUGAGAUGAUGUCCAUCGGUACUCUCCUCGCCUACACCUUGGUCUCCGUCUGCGUCUUGCUCCUUCGAUACCAACCCGAGAGUGACAUAGACGGUUUUGUCAAGUUCUUGUCUGAGGAGCACACCAAGAAGAAGGAGGGCAUUCUGGCUGACUGUGAGAAGGAAGCCUGUUCUCCAGUGAGUGAAGGGGAUGAGUUUUCUGGCCCAGCCACCAACACAUGUGGGGCUAAGAACUUACCAUCCUUGGGAGACAACGAAAUGCUCAUCGGGAAAUCAGACAAGUCAACCUAUAACGUCAACCAUCCAAACUAUGGCACCGUGGACAUGACCACAGGCAUAGAAGCUGAAGAAUCUGAAAACAUUUAUCUCAUCAAGUUGAAGAAGCUGAUCGGGCCCCGUUACUACACCAUGAGGAUCCAGCUGGGCCUUCCAGGCAAAAUGGACCGGCCCACAGCAGCAACGGGGCACACGGUGACCAUCUGCGUGCUGCUGCUCUUCAUCCUCAUGUUCAUCUUCUGCUCCUUCAUCAUCUUUGGUUCUGACUACAUCUCAGGGCAGAGCUGGUGGGCCAUACUUCUGGUUGUUCUGAUGGUGCUGCUGAUCGGCGCCCUGGUGUUUGUGAUCCUGCAGCAGCCAGAGAACCCCAAGAAGCUGCCCUAUAUGGCCCCUUGCCUCCCCUUUGUGCCUGCCUUUGCCAUGCUGGUGAACAUCUAUCUCAUGCUAAAGCUCUCCACCAUCACAUGGAUCCGGUUUGCGGUCUGGUGCUUUGUGGGUAUGCUCAUUUAUUUUGGGUACGGCAUCUGGAACAGCACCCUGGAAAUCAGUGCCCGAGAAGAGGCCCUGCACCAAAGCACGUACCAGCGCUACGACGUGGAUGACCCCUUCUCGGUGGAGGAGGGUUUCUCCUACGCCACAGAGGGCGAGAGCCAGGAGAACUGGGGCGGGCCAGCCGAAGACAAAGGCUUCUAUUACCAGCAGAUGUCAGAUGCGAAGGCAAACAGCCGGACAAGUAGCAAAGCGAAGAGCAAAAGCAAACACAAACAGAACUCGGAGGCCCUGAUCGCAAACGAUGAGUUAGAUUACUCUCCAGAGUAGGAGUAAACACACGAGAGGUAGAAGUGGUGGUGACUGAUUUUCAGUAAGUUAACCUGUGGGCUGGAAGGUGAAAACCUUUCUGGCUCUCAUUUCACAACUCCAGCCUUUCCCGAAGUCAAUCCCCAGUCAUAGCCUGUCAUUGACUACUUUUGCUCUUCAGGAUAGUUCUGUAGAAAGGCUUGACCUGGGUCCCUAACUGGUCCUCUUAUUUAAAAACUAAACAAGAGACUACGCAAAGUUCCAUCUUAGGCGCAACCAUCAGAGCUGAUGGU